AUGGCACCAGCAGCGGCCGCAGCGGUGGCGCCUCUCCUUCCCUACUUCAAAGCCCAAACUAAGGCAAUCUUGACUCAGACCUCAGCCACCAUGGCUAACAACAACCACCUUAUUACUACUUCUCCCACUCUAUCCACUUUAUGUAAAUCUAACGAACUUAGGCUUUUACAACCAGUUCCAGUGAAACGAGAACAAGUCUUGAAUCGCGUCCGUUGUUUUUCCCCACCUUCCGUGGGCCCAGACUCCUCAGCCGUUGAUCCUCUCCCUCUGAAGAUCGGAAUCAUUGGGUUUGGGAACUUUGGUCAGUUCAUCUCUACAGCUUUCAAGGGACAGGGCCACAAUGUGUUGGCUACCUCUCGCUCUGACUACUCUGAUUACUGUCAACUACACGGGAUCGAGUUCUACAGAAACAUCGACGCCUUAUGUGAAGAGCAGCCGGACGUGAUACUAGUGUGCAGCUCCAUCUUAUCUACAGAGACAGUCGUCCGUGGAAUCCCCAUGCAUAAGCUGAAACCCGAUACGAUAUUUGCUGAUGUCUUGUCGGUCAAACAGUUCCCCCGAAACCUAUUUUUAGAGGUACUUCCAUCGGAAUUCGGGAUCGUCUGUACACAUCCGAUGUUCGGACCGGAGAGUGGCAAACACGGUUGGACCGGAUUACCAUUUGUGUACGACAAGGUCAGGAUUGCCGAAAAUACAAUUCAAGAGCGGAAAUGCGCUCAGUUCUUGAGUAUCUUUGAACAAGAGGGUUGCAGAAUGGUGGAGAUGUCCUGCGAAGAACACGACCGGCAUGCCGCCGGUAGCCAAUUCAUCACUCACACAAUUGGAAGGAUCUUAUCGUAUCUCAACUUAGAAUCCACACCCAUCAAUACCAAGGGCUACGAGACGCUACUGCAGCUGACUGAAAAUACAGUCAGUGAUAGCUUUGACCUGUACCACGGGCUCUUCAUGUACAAUGUGAACGCCACCCAGCAGAUCGAUAAUCUGGAUAGAGCAUUCGAGAUAGUGAAGCAGAAGCUAUUUGGGAGGCUGCACGAUAUUCUGAGAAAACAGAUUGUGGAGAGGGUCCCACUACAAGGGACCUCGUCAUCACCAUCAUCAUCAUCAUCAACAAAUCCGCAAAGAGAACAUAAGAACCUUGUAGCACCUUACUUUUUAACCAACAGUGAAAAGAUGAAGGAUCUCUCUUCCUUUGCCAUGCCUACUCUUCCACAGCACAAUAACGAGUCUAAUUUGCUAUUUUCCGGAUUGCUCAAACAAUCGGUUAACCGUAAGAUUGAUCUACCGUACUCAAAUGUUAUUGAUGGUGAGCGCAGGCGUCAAAAGAGGAUCUUGGACUUGGAACAGUAUUGCCAAAUUGCUCUCGAACUUGAGGAAUAUGGUUUACAGACACAGGGAAUGGCAAAUCAACCUCGUGUUGGUUUGAUCCAUGAAUUCCCUCGGAUUCAGUUACAUGCUUGCUUUUCCCCUUCUUCAGUGGAUAAUAUUCUUAGGCUUAAUACUUCCUCCAAUGAUGACAUUUGGAAAUGUACUUCAACAAAGAAUGGAAACUUCUCUACAAAGAUGGCCGCUAAGACUCCUUGUCAGAGCAUCACUUUCAUAUUGGAUGCCCGUCAAGCCUACAUGUGUUUUCUGUGGCUCUUGUGA